GACGUUUGAUUUGAAGAUUGAAAUAAUAAUUAAUACAAUACUCUUAGUUGAUUAUCUUUGGGUAAUGAGAAGGGUCCAUUUUACGUUCGUAAUGGUUUUUAACAAUUAUACAUUGUAACGAUUAGAAUCAAAAUAGUGUUAAUUGUUUACGUACAGAAAAGUGGAUUUUGAUUUCGAAUGAUUUGAAUAUUUACAUUAAACAAAAUGUACAAUUUAGAAUUGAACCAACCCGGUUCCAGUCGACAGGCUUACAAUUAUAGUUUUUAUAGUGAUCAUUUCACUAGAAAUACAGCAGCUGAUAGAGUUCGUGAAAGUAAUAGAGGAACCCGUCAUAAUACACAAAAUAUACAACAUAAUCCCAAUUUGAUGAAUUAUUCUCAUCUUCAAUGGCAUCCCCAAAAUAUGAUUCCUCCAACAAACAUCCAGAAUCACCAGAAGGAUAGAAAAUAUAAUAAACGACACCCUCAUCAAAACUGGAAAAACAAAACCUACAACUUAAAUUCCAACAGUGAUCAAAAAAAUGACACGUUAAUAAAAUCUGGAGACAUUGAUUAUAAAAUUUAUAAAUGUCCAAAUUGCUCUUUACAGUUUGAUUUCAUUAAUCGAAAUAACUUUUUUGUUGGAAAAGUUCCUUUGAUUUUGGACUGCAAACAUACCGUGUGUCAAGAUUGUAUACAAAAAAUAGCUAAGGAUAACGCAGUUCUCUGUCCAAUUUGUAAAAAUCCUUCUGUGUUACCACCUAGAUAUUCCCCAGAAAAUUUACAGGACUUUUUUUCUCCGAAUUUCUUCCUUAUUGGUUAUAUCAUGUGGUGCAAAACGCAAAGAGCCAAUCCUCAUUUUAUGUCAUUGGUUCCUGUUCAAAAUAGAAGGUCAAUAUCUCCAAUAUCUUGUCCAACACCCGAAAAGCAACAUACAGGUGAAACUUGCUGUUUUUUAUCCUGCAAUAAAAAAGCGACUCUUAAAUGCCAAGAUUGCAGCGACGUUUAUUGCCCUGAUUGUUGCACCGCUGUGCAUAAAAGCGCUAAAUCUUUAUGGUCCCAUAAACAGAUUUCUCUCAAAGAUGAUAACAAGAAACCAAAGUCACAAUUAGAAUUCUGUUCAGAACAUGAGUUAGAUGUCGAUUUCUAUUGUACCAUUUGUAAUAUUGAAGUAUGCUGUUAUUGUUUUAUCGAAAAACAUGAAGGACACACGAAAGAAAAUUUGGCAAAAUUGGAUGAAGUUGAAAUUGAAGAAUUCAAAUUGAAUAGAGAAAAGGCGAAGAAAACGUUGAAGCAGCUACUUAUAACACAAAAGCGAUUAAGAGAUAUGCGUACAUGCAAUACAGCGAAUAUACGAAAAAGAAUUUCCAAUUACUUCGUUAACCUCCACUCCAAGUUACAAUGUAUCGAGAAACAGUUGAAAAAGGAGAUAAGCAAUUACGAAAAAGAAGGUUGUUCAUUAACGAACGUGAACGAUUUGAACGGUACAGUUCAGAAUUACGUUAACGAAUUGAAGACCAUCUGCUCUGCUUGCGAUGCUGCCGAAGUGAAAAAAAUGAAUUUGAAACAAAUCGCUCUCGAUCUUAAAAAGGUCCAGGAUAUUCCUUGUUAUUUGAUAUCAGAGGAUGCGAAAGAAUUGGAACAAUUGACGUUUGAGGUUCAACCUGUUAUCGACAAUUUGGAAGAAAUGUUUACUUUAAAGAAAAAUGACAACGGUACGUUCAGAUUGGUAUCUGGAGAGGACCUUCCGUCUGAUUAUGAAAAGGACGCCAAUGAUUUGUACUACGACACUGAUGUGGAAAGCUGCAUAAGUUCAUUAAAUAAGACUGUACUAUCCGAUGAAUCCAAACCUAAACAAGCUUUCAAAACGGGGCGUCAAGUUACAUUGGAAAACGAAAUGGUUGAAGUAACACAUAUAGAAAGUUUGGAAUGUUUCUAUGUGCAGUUGAAAAAAAUUCAAUAUCAGUUUGCGCAAAUGAAUUCUGAUAUUAAUAAUUACAUCAAAUUUGGGGCGCCGAUGGUUGAACACCCACAGUUAAAUGAACUAUAUUUAGUUUCGUAUCAAUCACGAAACGAAAAAAUUUGGUGCCGAGGUAGAAUUACUGAAAUUAAAAAUGGCGAAAUGGAACCAAUGUAUGAAGUAUUUUUCAUCGAUUACGGAAGUUCUCAAACAGUUGAUGUAUCUAAAAUUAGACAAAUUACACCUGAUAUAUCUCGCAAAAAAGCAUUUGCCAUUCAGUGUACCCUGUCUAAUCCAUCUGUAUCUAGCUGGAAUAAAAACGCGCACGUUUAUAUGGCAAGAAUAAUAAACGGGAAGCAAGUGAGUAUGUUAGUCAAAAAAGUCCAUAGUGGUGUUCACGUAGUCGAUCUCAUGGUAACUUCAUCUGACAGAGGACAAACGUCCAUUAUAGACAUUUUAAGUCAUAUGUGCAGCAAUGUCAGCGACACUGACACCCCAACCUCUCAAAAGACGUCCUUUAACCGUGGAUAUAAAAUUUUCGCCAAUAGUACGGAAUUUCGUAAAUUUCAACAAGAGAAAAUAAUCAUCGUAAACGUUAUAGAUCCUCAUCAUAUAUUUGUACACAUUGCUUCGCAUUCGGAAUCUCUAAAAAAAAUGAACAACUACCUUAGACAAACCUAUAGGAAUUCGAAGAAAAACAAUUGCAUCCCCAUAGAAGGAACAUACGUGAUAGUCGAAUACAAAGAUAGUAUCAGGGGUAAUUGGCACAGAGGACUCGUCAACAAAAUAGAUGUCACCACUGAAAAAUGUCACGUUUUACUGAUCGAUUGGGGUUUAAACGUUACAGUCGAUUGGUCGAACAUACGGAUGAUGCAAGAAGAUUUUACAAGAUUGGAAAGUCAGGCUAUAUUAGUGAAGUUAGCGCACGUUGAACCGCUAGAUACGACAUGGGUAGAUACAGCUACAAUUUUCAUUCAAAAAUAUUUUAGAUCGCAGGAAAUUAUGAAAAUGAUCGUACACGAAAUUGAUCCUCUCGAGAUUGCUUUGUUUGAAAUUGUCGGUGACGUAGAUAUAUGUAUAAAUACGCAACUUGUAUUGGAACAUUUCGCAGUAUCAACGGGAAAAAUAUCUCAAACGUUAGAAUGGCCGAGGAAUGAUGCCAAAACGAAGCCUUUCCUCGAAGACGACAGUCUCUUGGAUGCUCUCUUGAAACGUUUCGAUAAAUCCAUCAACGAUUCAGAUAACGAGGACGAUACCAACGUUGUAAAACAAAAAAUCGAAGUUAUAGAAUUCGUCGAUCCCAGUUUGAUAUACAUAAAGUUUUGCAAGAACGAACAAAUAGAAAUGAAUUUAAACAAAGAGUUACAAAUUCAUUACAGUAAAGAACGUACGACUAAGGACUCUUGGGACGUUGGAGAAUUUUGUAUCGUCCUAUAUAACUUCAGUUAUGUCAGAGGGAAAAUCUUGGAAAAAAUUAAUAACAACAAAUAUAGGGUAAACGUUUAUGAUAAAGCUGCUAAUGUGGAAGUUUCUCUAAAUAAAAUAUUCGAAUUUGAUAAAUAUUUUAGUAAAUUUCCCAACGUGGCUUAUAAGGCGCAUUUGGCUAAUAUUAGACCCGCAGGAGGGGACAAAUGGAGUUUAUCUUCUAUCGAAGCUUUAGAAAGAUUGUUUGAGAAGUACGAGAUAUUCGGUACCAGAGUAGAAGGUGAUACUACUGGAAAAUCAAUACCGAUGCAAAUGUGGUACGCACACGUCAAAAUGGGUGGCGCUUUAGAAGCUUCCAAAACAAAAUUUAUUUCAUUAAAUCAGUUGCUUAUUAAACUUGGAUUCGCUUACAAAUUACAUAGUACAAGAAGUUCACCGAAUAACACUGAAAUUUCAAUUAGAUCGACUAAAUCCAGCGACAGUCCUUUGUUGUGUGCUAUUAAAAAAACAGCAGGCCUCGAUUCUUCAUCCGAUGCUUGUUCAGAUCAAGAUUCUAUCGUAGAAGAAACUAAAAGUGAAGAUGCACCAGAUUCAAAGUCUAUAGAACAACAAAAAGAAAAAGAACCGAUAAAAAGUUUUAAAUCUUUGACUGAUUGGAACGAAUUGAUGGAGGAAGAAGAAAAGUUGAAGAAGUGUGAAAAUGACGUAGAAGAAGCAGAAAUCGAAGAUUGGAUAGAACCUUUUUCUAUAAAAGAAACGGAAUUUUAUGCUUGGAUCACUUGCGCCGAAACCGGAGGAAUUUUAUAUUUAAGGGAGGAGAAGUUACAAAAUGUUUAUAAAGAAAUGGAGCAGAAUAUCAAAGAAUAUUUUGAUAAGGAACCUCCUUCGCCUCCCGAUGACGAUUGGCAACCGGGCCAUUUAUGUACCAUAAAUUAUAACGACUUUUAUUAUAGGGGAAAAGUUUAUAAAGUGAACAAUCCUGAUGAUAUCACGGUUGUGAUGAUCGAUUUCGGUAGUGAUCAUAAACUUUCCUCCAAAAAUUUGAUACGUAAAAUUCUGUACCCGCAAAUACCGGCGUUUGCUUCAAAAAUAAAACUGCAUAAAAUAUACCCAAAGUCCGGAGCAUGGUUAGAUUCCGAUUACCAAACUCUCUUGGACAUAGUAUCCGAAUACAGUAAAAUAAUCAUAAAGAGUUCCUUAGAAGACGAAAUACCAUCAGCAGAAGUUUUUACAGAUAAAGGAGUUAACGUUAAUCAAUAUUUAGUACAUACUUGCCCGAAUUUAAGAAGAAGCGAACCUAAAUUAGUCGAUGGAUCUGAUAGCGACAGUGUUAUAGAAGAAGAAGUUAUAAUCGAAGACGAACAAAUCGUCGAUGAUGAAGAAUCCGGUUUGAUCCAUAUUGGUUUUAUAAUUGAUACCACUAAAUAUACCUACAAGGUGUUACCAUUAUCCAACGAAGAUUCAAACGAAAAAAUCGCCGUUUCUAUAAUGUCUGUAUUGGAUUACAACAAAAUUGCACUGAAAGAAACCGCAACUAUAACCGACGAAUUUUUCGAAUUGGGCGAGAAAAUGCAAAAAACCAUCGAGUAUCAACCAGUGAUAGAAAAUCUGGAGAACGGUAUGCCUUGCGCUUGCCAAUUCUCGGAAGACAUGAUUUGGUACAGGGCGCAAAUAUACAACAUGGACGGCUUGGAUUGCGGUUACGUUUUUGUAUUUUUCGUCGAUUUCGGUAACGUGGAAUCAGUACCGGUGACGGAUAUUAAAAUGAUGCGACCGGAAUGGUUCGAUUUACCGGUUUCUUGUCAUAUUGCUAACGUGAAUAUCGAAUUGGUUUCGGAUAAAAAUAUUCAACAUGUUACUCAGUUUAUGAAAAAGCUCUAUGGUAAAAAUAAGCUUGCUAAUAUUGUUUCUAAGGCACCGCUUUCUAUCGAUUUGUUCGAUUUGGACGGUGAAAUUUAUUAUAAAUCCUUACUGGAAAAGGGUUUAAUCAAAAUGAAAUAGUUCAUUUAAACCACUUUAUUAGUGGAAUUUAUUAUUGUUUUUACAUUUUUGUAGAAUUAUUUUUUUUUUAUUAUUUCAUCAAUUAAUAUUGUUUAAAAAUAAAUCUGUAGCAAUUCAA